CAAAAAGAGACUAUAAUUAUUUUAAUGGAUUAAUUUUUAAAGUUUUUAAUAUUCUACUGUUAUUAUUUAAAUUUAUCAAGAAUGGCAGCAAAACAGAAAAAUAUAUUUACUCGAAGUAAACCGUUGAUGAAUAUUUACAGUGGUGUAGAUCACGAAGGAAAAGAGGUAGAGGUUCGUGAAGAUGCUGAACAGUUGGUUAAAUGGCACGAGAUAUCAGACGCGUUGGUCGCGGCCGGGUACUACCGCGCCCAACUGCAGGGCCUGUCGGCUUUCGACAAGAUCGUCGGAGGGCUUUCUUGGUGCAUAGAGUUGUGCGAUAUCGACGUGGAUGUCAGUUUACUCUUUGAGGAGAACCUUACUAUUGGAAAAAAGAUUGCACUAACAGAAAAAAUAGUUAAGGUACUACCUUCUAUGAAAUGCCCGUUCAUAAUUGAGCCUCACCAAAUCCAAGGAUUGGACUUCAUCAACAUUUACCCCCUCAUUCAAUGGCUGAUUAAAUACUCGAGUGAGUUCCGAGAGGCGAAAGAAGAUGAGCUCCGGAAGUUUGCUGUGAUGCAGUAUGAUAAGGAACAUAUCUUUGAAUCAGAUAGAAAAGUGUUUGAACAGAAAGAAAGAUUGCUGAAGAAUUUAUCUGUUAUACAGAAUUUAUACAAACCGUGUAGAGUCCGCAAGAGGAUAGGUGGUCUGCCAGCGAAUGAACUGGAGCAGGUGAAUGCAACCCUCUCCGAGUACGACCAGAGGAUGCUCCUACACAUCACCACACAACAGGAUGACAGCAAGAAGGAUGAGGGACUUGAUUUCCUGUAUGACUAUGAGAAGACAUUAGCUGAUCCGUCUAAAAUAACAACAGAAACUCACAGGUUUACAAAGAAUCAGGAAAACAUUAUGGAUGCUUCUGACACCAAAAUCCACUAUGCUGUUCUACACUCAGAACUCACCGGAGAGCUUUCUAAAGAACUUGAAGAAAGUGAGAAGCUCAAAUACUCAGAGGAAGUGGACAAACUCACAAAAACUGUUGAUGCUAUGGAGAAAGAAGUAGAAGAUACGAAGAAGGAACAUGAAAGUAGAAUGGAAAAUGCUAAGCAGGAGUAUGCUGGUGUUGUAGAAAAACUGCAAAAAAUUACUUAUAAGAUGAUGAACUCUGAUGACAGUAGUGACAAGAAUGUGAAGAAAUUUUACAAGACGUUGAAGGAAUUGGCGCGGGAAAGAAAUGAGUUGUUACAAAUAAUCCAGCACAGGGAGAAGGAAAACAAGAAAUUACAAGAAGAAUUAAGUGGCGCACGAGACCCGGCAGCUAAAGUUGAGGAGCAACCGCUCACUCCAGCAGAACUAAAAGAGUUCAAAGAAAGAGAAGAAAAAUUAAAAUCAUUUAUUACCAAUAUGAGAUUAGAACUGGCCAGGGUGAACAGAGAGGUCCUCAGGUACACUGUUGCCUUAGACGAGGUUCCUGGCACUGCUGAACUGUUGCAGUAUGAGAAGAGAUUCAUUGAACUCUAUAAUCAAGUUGCAUCAAAACACAAGGAAACGAAACAGUAUUAUAUAUUUUACAAUACGCUUUUUGAAGUGAAACUUUAUACCUCAAAGGAAUUAAGUCUACUAAAUUCGAUAUUGGAUAAUUAUGAAGAGGCCAUGUCUUCAGCCAGAAAGAGGGAAGAAUUCAUGACUCAAUUCGAAUCCAUCGUCGAAUGGGUGAACCAAACGGUCAAGAAGGUUGAACAUAAGUUCAAACACGAAAAGGACCAGAAGACGGCCCUCCACGCCGAAUAUUCUCGGCUUAUGGACGUCCAGAGACAGUACGCGGCAGCUCUCAAGAAACUCGCAGAAGAGAGGCAGAAGUUUGGGAAGAGGAACAGCUGAUCUGACCAUGUGGAAGUCUUUGUUUAAGUACAAGUCCUGGUACAGAGUUAUAAGUUCUCAUAUACGUGUAAGGCAUGGUUCAUGUGGCAUUUCUGUACAGAACCGCUGUGGCCCUGGUUAUAGAAUGAGCUGAGCUAUGGCGAGGUUUUAUGGAAGGGCUACAGUAUAAGGUCCUUUUGCAAACGUCCGUAGUCUAUGGUGACUGCCUAUGAACAGGUAGAAACUAUGAUUUCAGCCAUACUGUGUCGCAAAGUUAUAAAUGCGGAAGAACUACUGAUGACGGUGUUAGUGUCUUUUAAGAACAAGUGCAAUGAUCUUUAUAUUGGUUUUUAUUUAUACUUGUUAUUUUCGAAUGGCAAUGAAUGUAUCACGAAAGGAAGGAAAAUACUCUUAAAUAUUGAUAUCGAAUUGGAUUAUUAACAUGUAACGUAAUGUUUCGCAAUUUAAAGGGGGAAAACCCCGAUUUUUAUUGACCAUUGUUAUAAAGAAGCUCAAAGGAAAAGUGAAUUUAAAAAAUUUAAAAACUUACUAAUAGUGCGAUAGGGACGGCCUGAUAUUUUAUCGUCUAUCGCGCGACCAAUGCUUGCGCUUGUAUCAAUGGUUCAACUAUCAAAACGUUAACUUUAAAUUUUAAACUUAGAUGCCACUUACACUAGACAUAAUUUUGAUGGUCAGGAGGAUUUUCUACUUUUAUAUGUAUAUACAUUCCAUUAUUAUUGGCCAUAUCGGUUCGCUGACGAUUGAGUUUCUAUUGUUAAGACUGACAUAGUUUUAUUUUGUUUUACAUAGAAGUUAUAGAUAUACCCCCCGGCAACUUUUUGGACCGAUACGGUUUUGCAAUUUGUGCGUCAUACAAAUUAGGUUUAGGUUCUACUUCGUUAUACCUUUUAAACCAAGAGGUCGCUCCAAGACAAGUGACGACACGGGGUCCAAAGAUACCCAAUGACGAACUGAAAAUAUGUGACGUUCUCAAUAGAAGGUACUACAUUAUCGCUUAUCAUAAGGACUAAAUUUGCUCACACCUAUACGAAUUAUCUUUUAGACUUAGAGCAUCAUAGGCACUGGCGACAAUGUGGUACCUUUUACUUGAAAACGGCACAUAUACAUAUUUUGCACUCAAUACUAGACGCGUAAUAGGGAACACCCGUUUUAUUAAUUAAAUUACGUACGCUGACUCGAAAUAAAAUGGCUAAUGACAAAGUAAAUUAUUACACUCUAAAACAUGCACAUUUUCUAGUCGUCUAUUAGUCUUCUUCUUCUGAUGAACAAGGAAAAAUAUUGAAAUGUUUUUGUAUGCUUGGAUAUCCCCGCGCAUCAGAGCCGACCUUAUUGCUGCAAAAAGUUGUCUAGAGGUCGCUAUUACAAUUAGGUAUAGUAUGUUUUUAAAACAGGAAGUAAUAUAUUACAAUUUAUUUAUGA